UUGGACAAACACGUUGUUACAUCUCACUGAAGAAGACUUUACAAAGGAAAUACACGCUAGCAAUUGCCUUGGUCUGCUUUUACAGACAGAAGGGCAAUAAUGUUAGGAUUGAUGGACUAAAGGAAGACUUUGUGGCAGGUGUUGUGGUGGUUCUAGCCGUGACUAAGAGCAGAGGAGAGGAGGAGGGAUUACAUACGUUUGUCUCCAGACUCUCACAGCCUGUGUGUGCGUGCUUAUGUGUGUGUGCCUGCCAGCCGCAGGUGUGCCACCAUCCACUCUGCCAGGAGCUCAAUAGUAAGGCCCCACUACUGCUUUGCUCCUUAUGUGAUGUCCAUUGCCAUCCCAGCCCAGUAGACAGUAUGCACUUUGACAGGCACCCACGUUUUGACCCAAAUGCACAAGGGUCUAUCCUGUCACGAAAUGUGUCCACCCGCUCCUGUCCCCCCCGCACCAGUCCUCCGUCUGACCUGGAGGAAGAGGAAGAGGCCAGCAGUGAACGAUGGGAGCAUAAGGUAGGAGGAGCCAAAGUGGUGAAGAAGAAACCACGGCGACGACAUACAGAUGACCCCAGUAAGGAAUGUUUCAGUCUGAAGUUUGACCUCAGUGUGGAUAUUGACACUGAAAUUGUGCCAGCAGUGAAGAAGAAGACCUUGAGAGAGGUCAUUGGGCCUAUAUUUGAGAGGAAGGGCAUUGAACUGUCUUGUGUGGACUUAUUCCUGGAUCAAUCGAACACACCACUCUGCUUACAUUUUGAGGCGUACCGCUUUGGGGGUCACUAUCUCAAGGUCAGAGCACGUCCUGGAGAUGAACUAAAGGUGGAGCAGUGUGUUCAGGACCUGCGCUCGUUAAGCCUGCCCAACAUGAAGCAAUGCGGAGGGCAGAAUAGCUACAUCCUAACCCCACCCGCUGAUCGCCCAGAGCAUGGCUCCCUGGGACGCCGGGAAAGCAGCGUGGACCUGCUGGGUCAGGCUCGCCGCCGGAAGAACAUGACAGAGUUUCUUGGUGAUGCAAACAUUCCAUCCCCAGACGCAUUGGCCCAGCUGGGCGGCUCCCUGCCUCCUGCCAUCAUUCCAGGGCCUGAGAGCUGGAAGAACCGCGCUGCCAGCCGAUUCAGUGGCUUCUUUGGUGCCGGCAACAUGACCUUCGGCAAGGAGGUGGACCGUGUGGAGCAGCUCCAGCAUAAGCUGCACACAUACUCACACUAUGGGCUGCCAAAGGUCCCCCCUCAGCUGGCCUUCCACCAGGACUCAUGGGAAGGGGAGGAGGACAGCAAUCUGAACCUGGAGGAAAGCUGGCAAGAGCUACUAGACCAGCCAGAGACGCUGAGCAGACGGCAGUUCCACCAACAAGAGGCCAUCUGGGAGCUGUUACACACAGAGGUCACCUACAUCAAGAAACUCAGAGUCAUCACAGAUUUGUUCUUGUGUGGGCUGCUGAACCUGCAGGACAGUGGACUACUGGGUGAGGUGGAGCCAGCACGUCUCUUCAGCAAUGUGCAGGACCUGGUGCGGGUGCACACGGCGCUCUGGGUUCAGGUCAUGCAGCCAGCGCUCGACAAAGCCAGACGGCGCCGCACCCCACUCAACCCAACAGACCUGCAGCCAGGCUUCAGAACAUUUGCCUCUAGGUUCCAGCCUUAUAUCCGCUACUGUAUGGAGGAGGAAGCGUGUAUGGAGUACAUACGCACCCUGCUCAGAGACAAUGAGCUAUUUAGGAUUUAUGUAACUUGGGCUGAGACACACAAGCAGUGCAACCGUCUGAAGCUGGUGGACAUGCUGGUGAAGCCUCAUCAGAGACUCACCAAGUACCCCCUCCUGCUCAAGAGCAUCCUGAAGAAGACCGACGAGCCUGCUGCGCGGGACACUCUCAACAGGAUGGUGGUGUGUGUGGAGGGCUUCAUCAACAGUGUGGACUCUCAGAUGCAUCAGCGUCAGGAGCAGCAGAAGCUGGCCGAUAUUUCUGCUCGGGUGGACGCCUACGAGACCACAGAGGGCAACAGUGAAGAGGUGGAGCGGAUCCUGCGGGAGUUCAGUCGCUUUGAUCUGAUGGCCCCAAUGAUUGACACCUCGCCAGAGGAGACUCGGCAGCUGCACCUGGAGGGGACGCUGCGCAUGAAGGAGGGAAAGGACAGCAAGAUGGACGUGUACUGUUUUCUAUUCACGGACCUGUUGCUGAUCACUAAGCCUGUGAAACGUGUGGAGAAAGUGAAAGUGAUCAGGCAGCCCCUCCUCAUACACAAUGUUGUGUGCAGGGAGCUCAAAGAUCCUGGCUCAUUUGUGCUCGUUUACCUCAACGACUUCAAGAUUGCUGUGGCUGCCUACUCCUUCCAGGCCAACAGCGCCACCCAGGGGCGAAGCUGGAUAGAUGCGAUCUGUAAUGUGCAGAACCAGCUGCAGCGGCUACGUAGCGAGGAGACUCAGCGGAGACAGGCAUGUCUCCAACAGAGGCUGGAGGAAGAAGAAGAGGCAGAGGAAGACCAGAGCAGUAACUCUACAGCCAGCUCCCCUUCCCUCCAGCAACGACAGGCUCUCCAGAUCAGUGCAUCUGAAGGCUCGUCAGAAACUCUGCCGGUGAUGGACGUGGAACCCAGUGGAACUCUUGCCGGAUCAAGGGCUCCCGGAGCUAACAAGACCCCUCCACCCCAGGGUCAGGAAUUUGUAUCCAGCGCGACGGAAGACGAUCGACAAACGGGUGUGGAGGAGAUCAGCCCCCAAAGUCGCUCCCUAUCCAUGGACAGUGCUUAUGGAACGCUCUCUCCCCAGUCAUUGCUGGAGCUGCCGACACCACCCGGUAAGAACGGCGGAGGGGACAUGGACAGAGACCGGGAGGAGGACCGGGGGACGCCGUGUGCGGUAGCCGAGCUGGAGGACGAACAAAAGGAGGGGAGGACAGAGGACAAAACAGGGGGAGACGUGGCGUCAUGUGACUCGCACGUGGCUCAAUCCCAGAAGCCCAGGCGGAGGGCGCCGGUACAGAUGCGCAUACAGACGCUGCAGACGCUCGCUAACAAGUCCCGCUCGGAGGACAACCUCCUCCAGCGUCUCCACGCCAACCCCUCGGCUGCUGCUUCUGCUGUCUCGUGUGCCGCCGCCAACGCCAGUGUCUCAGCCAAGCUGUGGCAAGGUGCAGGGGAGACGAGAGAGUGCGCGGCAGUGUCACGCAGGAUGAGCCACAGCAGGAGCCUGACCGAGCUGGACCCUGGAGGAGAAGGGGACACUCUCUCCAAACCGACGGGGGAGCGGACGCCGCCUGAGAUGUUUGAAGAAGAUCACCUGACCCUCAGCCUGCCCGCCGGGAGUCUCUCGGGUGCGUUGCGGACGGCUUGGGGCUCGCCGCGCGGCGGAGACGUGGACGUCCCCGGCGCGGAGAUUGAGGUCACGGGGGGGCUCUCUGGGGGUCAGGAGGAGGAGGAGCACGCGAAAGACCCCGCCUCCGUGGAAGAGGUGGCCAAUAAGAGGUCUCCUGGUCAGCAGCAUAAGAAGCUCACGCUGGCCCAGCUGUACCGCAUACGCACCACGCUGGUGCUCAACUCCACACUCACUGCCUCGGAGGUGUAGCCAAAGUGGCAAGCACCCAGAUGCCAUCUCUUGCACAUCAGAGUGUGAACCACGUCGUUCAACACAACGCAAAUGCACUUAAAAACUGAGUUCUGGGACUGCCUUGCUGUAAAACCCUCAUCGAUCUGUAAAUGCUACCUUGUUUUUCGUUAGCACAUUUUAAGGUAUUUCUUGUCUUUCUGCAUAGGCAGAGUAGCACAGGCUCGUAUUUUGCACUUUGUAGCACAAGCAGCAUUGAAGAGAGAGUUUUUUUUUUGAGUUACUGUAUGAGGUAAAGCAAGUCCCGCUAUUACAACUACUGUUACGGAACCUUUGAGGAGGAAGUAAACCACGGACUUCUGGUAAGCCGUUGGCACACAAGCAAAAGAUAAGAGGGCCACGAGGGAGAGAAUGGACCUGCAUGCAGGACUAUGGCAACAUCCAAUGAUCAAGGCUUGGGGUUGAACUACAUUGAGAGCUGUAGCUGAACAAGUCCUUUGGUUUGUGGGGAAUGUGCCUUGAAUUUGACAAUUCAAAAACAAUGUAGUGUUCUGUUUUAGAGCAGUUGUUGGUUACACCAGUGUGGCAUGUUUAAGAUAUGCCACUGCCAUGGUAGAUAUUCGAUACAUCACGUAUGCCAUAGUAUAACACAUUUAUAGAAAUUAACAUUGCUGUAUGUGACUCUGAAAAAACAAUUAGCCUUUCCUUUCCUUUUUCCUUCAACAUUCUGUAUCAAACAUAGUACAUUCCCUCUACGUUCUAUAUUAAAUUGGGUUGUGGCCUAGUGGUCAGGCAUCGGGGGGUCCAAGUGAAACACUGAAAGGUUGUGAGUCCCAGGGACUGCGUCCACUGUGUCCCUGGCCAAGGCACUUAACACUGAGUUGUUUCAGGGGACUGUCCCUGUUGUUAGCUUACUCGCGUAGCAUAAGCGUCUGCUAAAUUACAAACAAAAACACUUUACUAUGUUAUAACUUGUCGAAAAGUGGGCUAAUUGUACUACUACAGAGCACAAUGUGUCACAAAUCAGGAAAUUAAUAUAUGUACCAAGAUGUAAAUGUGAAAGGGGCUUCAUUUGAGAAGGAAUUUAAGCAGCACAUGUUCUCAAUGUGUGCCAAUUCUCUCUCUCUCUGUGUAUGUGUGUGUGUGUGUGUGUAUGUGUGUGUGUGUGUGUCAUGCGCAUGUGUAUGUGUGCAUGUGUGUGUGUGUGUGUGUGUGUGUGUGUGUGUGUGUGUGUGUGUGUGUGUGUGUGUGUGUGUGUGUGUUUAUGUGUGUGCGCAGGCGCGCACACUAAAGAGUUGGAUGGACAAAAUAAUUACUUGACUUCAGCCAAAAAUGAAUUUACCAGCUGCUGGAUUUUUAAACAGUUGAAAGCCGGUUCCAGACCGGAGUACAGCAGAAUAGCUACUAUAGAAUAGGAUGUGUGUACCUUAACUUGGAUAAAGAAUUUGUUACAUAAUAGCAUUACAUACUUUAUACAUUUUUGUGAAUAAAUGCGGAACAAUUGAAUAAAAAAAGAAGAGGUUCAACAGUGUACCUAGUGGAUGAAAGAAAAACUCUUUGUCAAUAACAAGGCAAUUAAAAGUUCUAACUAUUUGCAAUAGAACAAAACUACAACUUUACUGUACACACAUUGCUGAUAUAACUGAGGGAUCUGUUGGCCGUAUUAUGAUUUUGUAUAAUGGUUUAGCGUAAGCGAGUUAUACUAUACCUAUACUGUUGGUGCCUCAGGAUCAAACAUAGUGAUCUACCUGUUUUUUUUUUUUUUUAACUCAACAUGAACCAUGCAGCUGGACGUUAACCGUGGUCCCCAACAACAUCCACAUGCUCUGCUAAACGAACUAUCUUAUACUUCCCAUUUCCAUUCUAUUGUCCGUUGUUUUGUUUUUUAUAUACACUUUUUACUUUUCUGUUAUAUUUAUUAAGGCUUUGCUGUUUAUACAUAUAAAAGAGACAUUUUUAGUUUAUUUAAUGUGUUUUGUAUAUUUAGUUUAAUCAUGUCUUCAGUUACUGCUAAAAAGGCAUUAAGAGCAAUUACAUUCUCUGAACAAUG